UGGGAUUAAGGUUAAGGAAGAAGAUGAAGAAGCUUUGGAGGCUUCCGUAAUGAAUGAGGAGAUCAGAGAGAGAGUGGAAGCCAUUAGAUUGAACUUAGAAUCAAAUGAAGGAGAGAAGACGAUAUCACCCUCAGCUUAUACUACAGCUUUAGUGGCUCUGGUUGAAGAUAAGCAUGGAAGUGGGACCCCCCAGUUCCCAGAAUCUCUUCAAUGGAUAAUAGACAAUCAGCUGCCGGAUGGAUCCUGGGGAGAUGUUCAUAAGUUUAUGGCUUAUGAUAGGCUUCUUUGCACCUUAGCUUCAGUGAUUGCGUUAACACAUUACAAAGUUCAUCCUGAAAAAGCUGAGAAAGGGGUUAAAUUCUUUAAAGAGAAUGUAAACACACUGGAAGCAGAAAACAGAGAGCACAUGACAUGUGGGUUUGAAGUGAUUCUUCCAACACUUCUUCAUUUGGCACAGAAUUUGAAAAUGGAUCUGCCUGAUGACCUCCCUACCCUCAAAGAGAUACUUGCAAGGAGAGAUGCCAAGCUCAAAAGGAUACCUAUGGCGGUUUUGCACAGUGUUCCUUCAUCGUUGCUGUUCAGCUUGGAAGCAAUACCAGGGCUUCAAUGGGAUAAGCUUCAGAAUGUGAGAAGCAAAGAUGGCUCUUACUUGUUCAGUCCUUCUUCCACUGCUUUUGCUUUCACUCAAAGCAACGACCCUGACUGCCUCAAUUACUUAAACAAUGUCGCCCAAAACUUUAAUAGCGGCGGAGCCCCAGAUUCUUACCCGGUAGAUUUUUUUGAGCCAUUAUGGAUUGUUGAUCGAUUGGAGCGCUUGGGAAUUGCAAGAUAUUUUCAACCAAAGAUAAAAGAGAUUUUGGAUUAUGUUCACAGAAAUUGGAAUGACAGAGGCAUUGGAUGGACGAGAUAUUCAGACCUGCCAGAUCUAGACGAUACAUGUAUGGGAUUCAGAUUACUAAGAUUGAACGGCUAUGAUGUUUCAGCUAACGUAUUCAAAACAUUUGAGAAAGAUGGAGAGUUCUGUUGCUUCCCCGGGCAGACAGACGAAGGGGCAUCGGUGAUGUUUAAUUUUUACAGAGCCACUCAAGUACAAUUCCCAGGAGAGACAAUUCUUGAUGAAGGCAAGAACUUUGCAAUCAAUUUCUUGACUGAGAAACGAGCUACUAAUCAGAUUUUUGAUAAAUGGAUCAUAGCCAAAGAUCUACCUGGCGAGGUGAGUUAUGCAUUGGACUUUUCCUGGUACGCAAGCCUGCCCCGAGUAGAGACUAGAUUUUACUUGGACCAAUACGGUGGAGGAGAUGAUGUCUGGAUUUCUAAGACCCUCUACAGGCUGCACAAAGUCAGCAACAACGAUAACCUUGAACUUGGAAAAUUAGACUAUAACAAGUGCCAAGCCUUGCACCGAGCAGAAUGGAACAGAAUUCAACAGUGGUACUCAGAAUGUAGACUAGAAAUGUUCGGACUGACCAAAGAAAGGCUUCUUUUGGCUUACUUCUUGGCUACAUCCAACAUAUUUGAACCAGAGAGAUCCCAAGAACGACUUGCAUGGGUCAAAACUUCUGCUCUUAUUCACACACUCAGAUCCACAUGUCACGACCAACACCAAAGAGAAGCCUUUGUCCAUGAAUUCAAUAACAGCAGUACCUCCUUAAAUGAACGAUGGCUGAAUAAAAACAGGAGCAGGGAGAGUCUUUUAGGGACCUUAAUAGAAACUUUGGAUUCCUUCUCUCAGAGCUCACCUUCUGCUGGCUUCGAUAUUCUUCAUGAUGUCUGGAAAAAGUUGCUAAUGGGAUGGCAAAGAGAAGGAGAUAAGGGGGAAGGAGAAGCUGAGCUGUUGGUGAAGAUGAUAAACUUAAAUGCAGGCUACCAACUUUCUCAUCACUUACAACUCAAUCCUCAGUAUCAGAGACUUGUUCAACUCUCUAAUCAAAUCUGCCACCAAUUAAGUUAUCUCCAAACCACCAAGGAAAACAAUAGUAAUGGAAGCUACAAGGGGAAGCCGGAAAUAGGAGUGAAAAUGCAAGAGCAGGUACAAUUGGUUCUCUCUUCAAAUGGCAUGGAUCUCAACAUGAAGAAGACAUUCCUCACUGUCACUAGAGGGUUUUACUAUGCAGCUCACACAGAUCCACAAACUGUCAACUCUCACAUUCAAAAAGUCCUCUUUCAGAGAGUCGUGUAACACACACAUAUAUAUAGAGUGGCAUGUUCUGUCAUGAUGAGAAUGAAAUUCAGGAUUAUUAAUCAAGAAUAAUGCUGAAUUUGAU